ACAUAUAUGAACUAAAAAAAAAGAGUCUACCAAGUCAAGAAGAGAGAGGAAGUUUCCCCCAAAUUUAUAGAGGAAGAUCAACUUUGAAAUUCACUCUCUACCAUUUCUUGUACCCUUCUUCUCUUCUAUUCUCUUGCCUCGCGUGAUUGUAGAGAUCAAAGUCUUCGGAGCUUCAGAUUUUCAGGAGACUCUCAAUCGGCCCUCUUGUGUUCGUCUUGUCUUCCAGAUUGAACAGUUAACAAAAAUAUGGUGGAUGCAAUAGUGAGUGUAUUCUUGGAUAGACUUCUUAAUGCCCUUGAAGAGGAGAGUCGUUUCCUGAUCGAAAUUAGGGACCAGUUGAAAAAAUUACAGCGUGAGCUGCGAUUGAUGCAAAGCUUCCUCCAAGAUGCGGAGAGGCUCAAGAGAAAAAAUGAGUCACUUCGCGCUAUCAUGGUUACUUUGCGAGACUUAAUUUAUGAAGCUGGAGAUAUAUUGGCCGAUUGCCAAGUUCAAUCAGAGGAUGAAAAUGAUACUGUCUCUGCACGCUGUACAAUGUGUUUCCACCCUUCAAAGCUUCCAGUCCAUUAUCAAGCAGGGAAGCGCCUCAGAGAAAUUAAUGAGAAUAUCACUGGUAUCAAACAGGAUAUGUCAACGUACCUUGGAGUGUCACUACUUAACCAAACGGGUCCCACAGAUGAGGACAGACAUCUUAAGCCCAGUUGGAGCACUCCCUUGUAUGACCAUAGCAAGGUAGUUGGUUUAGAAGGUGAUACAGAGAAGAUCAAAGAUUGGCUAUUCAAAGCAAACGAUGACAUUCUAGCUAUUGGAGUUGUUGGUAUGGGUGGAGUGGGCAAGACCACGAUUGCCCAGAAAAUCUUCAAUGAUAGAAGAAUUGAGGAUCGCUUUGAGAGGAGAAUAUGGGUGUCCGUUUCUCAGACAUUCACCGAAGAACAGAUCAUGAGAACCAUAUUAAGGAGCUUGGGAGAUGCAAGUGUGGGAGACGAUAAAAGUGAGUUGUUGAGGAAAAUAAACCAGUACCUAUUAGGCAAGAGGUAUUUAAUUGUGAUGGAUGAUGUGUGGAGCAAAGAUAAUAAAUGGUGGCUCCAAAUCUACCAAGGAUUGCCUAAAGGGAAUGGAAGCAGUGUCAUUGUCACGACAAGAAUUGAGGAAGUUGCUCGGAAGAUGGGAGUCUCGGAAGCAAGAACUCAUUGGCCCAAAUUCCUCAGUGAAGAGAAUAGUUGGUUACUGUUUCGUAUGAUAGCAUUUGCAGCUACUCAAGGAGAGUGUAUUCACUCCGAGCUAGAGACUGUUGGUAAAGAGAUUGUUGAAAAGUGCAAGGGGCUUCCACUAGCUAUCAAGGCAGUCGGAGGAAUGAUGUUAUCGAAAGAGCCUUACUAUCAUGAAUGGAGAAGAAUUGCAAAUCAUUUUCGAGAUGAAUUGGCAGAAAAUGAUGACACCGUGAUGGCUUCGUUACAAUUGAGCUAUGACGAGCUCCCAGCUUACUUGAAGUCGUGUUUUUUGUGUUUCUCACUCUAUCCGGAGGAUUGUGUAAUUGAAAAAGAGCAAUUGGUCCAUUGGUGGGUAGGAGAGGGUUUUGUCCCGUUGAGAAGUGGUAGAUUAUCAGCCGAAGCUGGGGGACAUUGUUUCUCAGAAUUAACAAACAGGUGUUUGGUAGAAGUGGUUGAUAAGGCUUACAGUGGAACAAUCUACACUUGCAAAAUUCACGAUAUGGUUCGUGAUUUGGUGAUCAAGAUGGCAGAAGAUUAUGCAUUUUUUAAACCAAAUGAAUUGAACUGUCGCCAUUUGGGUAUUAAAGGUGAUAUGAACCGGAAGCAAAUAAUGGCCAAUCAAAAGCUGCGAGCAUUGUUGACUACUACCAAAAGUGGUGAAGUGAACAAGAUUGCUUCAAAUAUCGCAAACAAGUUUUGCAGAUGUCCACGCUUACAGGUAUUGGAUCUUUCUAAAUCAAUCUUUGAAAUCCCUCUUUCGAGUUUGUUAGAUGAGAUUGGAUCUCUCCCCAACUUAGCUUGUCUCAGCUUAAGCAACACGCAUCCAUUGAUCCAAGUGCCGCCUUCACUAAAGAAGGUUCAUAAGCUUCAAAUUUUAGACAUAAGUUAUUGCCAGAAUUUGAAACUCAUUCCCUCUUAUAUUACUACUUUUGCAAAGCUCUCGGUAUUGGAUGCGAGUCAUUGUGGUUCACUUGGAUAUUUCCCCAAAGGCUUAGGAAGGCUUUUGAAUCUUCAAGUAUUGUUGGGAUUUAAGCCUGCCAAGUCGAGCCAAGAACAAGGUUGUCGUAUUGCUGAGCUUAAAAACUUGACUCAUCUUAGAACACUCGGUUUACACCUAAGUCAGGGUGAUGAGAUUGGAGAUGACGAGGUCGAUUCAUUGGUAAACCUCCAGGAACUUCAAUUCCUGUCGAUAAAUUGCUUUGAUAGUCACGAUGAGGAUCUUGCAGUCAAACUUGAUAAAUUGACCCCUCCUCGACAACUGCACGAGUUGGGUCUCAAAUUCUAUCCGGGAAAGAUAAGCCCGGAUUGGCUGAAUCCUCACUCACUUCCUAUGCUACGAUUUCUAUCGAUUUGUUCUGGCAAUCUUACAAAGAUGAGUGAGGGAUUCCGGGGAAAUGGAAAUGUUGUUUGGAAAAUUGAGGGUUUGAAGUUGGAAGCUUUGUCGGACUUGAGCGAGGAAUGGUCGGUGGUGCAGCAAGUGAUGCCAUCUUUGAGGACAUUGAAUGUUUGCUGGUGUCCAGAGCUGGAGGGAUUCCCAAUUGAAGAUGCCGGGUUUAAAGGGGGUGUUUGGAAGAAGGAAGAGCAACAGAGGUAGACUUAAAAACUACAAGAAGCAUAAUUUCUGUUAUGUAAUUGUUGUCAAUUGUUUUGUACUAUAUAUUUUUUGAAUUGAUUGCAUUUUUAUAGUUGAUACAUUUGAAGUAUUGGCUAGCUCUGUAAUAUAUAUUUUUUCCCUUUGUAAGAAGUGUUAGAUUUGGCGGCUUUAUUCAGAGAACGCAAAAGCUUUAUGUAAGCACAAAUUUGAUAUU